CAAGCCAUAGGCGCAUGGCGGGGUAAACCCCAGGCCGUCAGUUCCUGAGAAUCGACCCCUGGCCAUUAUGCCAGAGAUAUUAUGCGUCCACCGUCUGCGCUACGCUCUGGAGGCUUGUAGUAGUAUCAAACGCAAAGUUGUACACUUCCAAUGGCAAAUCAUGACAUCUUGUUAGCAACAACACAAGAUAUACAGCCUCAGCAAGACAUGGCUUAAUGAUGAAAGGUGGAGGUAAUCAUGGCGGCAUCUAAUGUUUUAGGCAAAGUAGAAGAGGAGGAGGCCACUUUAUUGAACUACUCCAUGUUAAUCUUCCACCCACAGGAACAUCAAUAAUUAGCUCAGUAUUAAGAAUUAAAAAGUCUCUAAGACACUCUAAGCCAAUUACUUGUAUAUGUAUAUUUGUCAUCAAGUAAGCUUGAAGAACACAGUUGGAAGUUUUGUUUAUGAAGCUAUCAUGUCUUGCCUUGGGAUCAGCUUCAAUGCUGAUCAAAGCUGGAAAUGCUAGCAAUUCAGACUAGAAAAGAAAGAAGCUAACAGGAUAGAAUAAUACAUGGACAGUCUACCUUUUGCCAAAAGAAAGGAGCAAGAAAAGUGUUUUGCUUUAUAAAAGCCUUGAAUCAGUCACCAACAAAUUGAUGAGCCAUGAGGAAUUUUUGGCCACCGGCAAACGGGUGAUCAUUAGCAUGAAUUGUUAGACAGAAUGAGUAAUGAGAUGGGGAACCAAAAUGUCACUGGCAUUCAAGGUGAAGAGAUUGAAGCUGAUACCACCUCAAAUGUUGAAGAUGGCUACAAUGGAAAUGGGAAAGAGGAAAUAGGAUCCAAUUUUCAUGAUCUUCCACCAUCUGAUGACAAGCAGCAGAUACUAAAAGGAGAAGAAAAGAAGAAAGGAGAAUACUCAACUCCAUUGAUAGAUCUUAUCUUCUCAGACGGAGAAGAGAUUCUGACUAGUAACACUGAUGCUUUAAAAUCUAAUGAAAAUGCUGAUGAACUAGAUAAUUCUUCAAUCCACAUGAGCGAUUGCACAAUGCAAGAGGAAAAAGCAUUGUUGACAGAGUCUAUUGAAAUUGUUCCUCUGGUUGAUGCUGAGAAAGAGUGUCUGCAUAGAGAAGAUGAUCAAAAUGGAACGGAAGAGCUAUCCAAAAUAGAGCCUACUGACAAUGGUGCAUCCAUAGUAGUGACACUUGAUGAUCUUGAAGUAGGCACAUGCAGCAUUCAGGUUACUCAAAUAAAACAAGAAAUAGAGAACAUGUCCGAGACUGAGGUAGAAAAUCAACUUGAGUUUGAUUUUAGUUCAGUAGUCGUCUCUGACAAUGUUAUGUCAGUAAGUGAACUGAUAGCUACUCCAGUCUCAAAUGGAAUGGAAGAAAAGGAAAUGAGCUAUGAAAGUGAAUCACAAAAUAAGGAAUGCCAACCAGUCCAGGACAUCAAAUUAGAAGGGCAAAGUUUAUUUGAAUUACCAUCGUCUUUGUUCAGUUCUGAUGCAGUAAUGAGGGAAGAGAUAGCGAUAGUCGAUCAUGAUUCAGUUGGCAUGGCAAGUAGGGAUAUGAUGAACUUUGAAGAGAAGGAAGUCGGGCCGAGGCUAAAUUUAGUAGAAAAAGAAGUGCAAUCUGUGUCGCCACCAUCCGAACCACAUGAGCUGAGGCUUAAUGUUGCUCAGGAAGAUCAAGGGUUGCAGAAAUGUUCAGAAGAGCAGGGAAAACCUGCAGAGGAUUCUGAAACAACGAUCGAAAGGCAUCUGAUUUCCACUUGUCUUGCUAGGGAAUGUCCAGACAUCUACUUGGAGCUCCCAAACUUUUCAAUGCCACAGUCUUCAGUUCACGUGGAACGAUCCGAUACUGAAUUCAUUGUUAUUCAGCCGGAUAACAGAUUGCCUGAGUUGUUGAAGGAUCUUGAAUGGGAAAAUGCUGCAGAAAAACUUCUGGAUCAAAGUGUUCCAAAUUCCAAAAUUUCUGAUAGUGAAUGCCUUGACAUUGAUUUCAAGGUCCUAGAAGUUAUUGAGGAAACUACCGAUUUUGGACAAAGUCAAUCGGUUUUACCAGUGAGCAGUAUGGAAGUUAAACCAGUUGUGCAAGUCGAAAAUGGUGAAAAGGUUUUGGAUUCUGUGGCAGUGUCAAACACUGGAGCACAAGAGCAGUGCCUUCAUGUAACUACACAUAAUGAUGGCAUAAAUCCUGAAACAUUUGGGAGCAACGAAGAGUUCACUUUUGAACAAACUCAAAAUCAGAUGAUCUUACUGACGAGCAAGAUUGAAACAAGAGAAGAAGUUGUAUCAAUGCAGAAGAUGGAAAAUGAAGAUGGUCCCAAGAAUUAUGAGCCUGCGGUCGAGUUUAAGACUGAAACAUACACUGAAGAACAAAGAUGCAGUGUUCAUACAUCUGAAUCAGAUACAGGUAACGUCCAUGAAGCAUUCAUUCUUCAACGGUAUCGAGAAAUAACAAGUGAAGGAACUUUACUGAUGAAGCAGGAAGAUCUAGAAGAAGGUUCUGACAUCCCUGCAAUAGAAAAUACAAAUAGUCAAAAUGGUUCAUUAAGCAGUAACGCAGCACAGGUGGUUUGUGUCAAACAAUCUGAAGGAAAUCCUUUAGAACAAGAAGUCGUCAAUGCGAUGAUACAUUCAAACAAAGAUGAGUCGGAAACUUGCAAUGACCACAUUGCAGUGGAAAGAAGUGAUUCAAGGAAACUGGAAACGCCACUUCUCAGCUUCAUGAAGGAAGAAGCUCAAGUUAUGGACACAUUUGAGAAGAAGGAAGACAUAGACAUCAAUUUGAACAACAAUGAGGGGGAUGGCGGGAAGCCGCGGUGCGAUGAGAUCCCCACAACACCAAGUGGAAAAGGGAAGCAAAAGCAUAGGUCUUCCCUCUUCGGCAACUGGAUCUGCUGCACAACAGCCACGGAUUAACUACUUCGGCUCAUGAUGCCACGUAAGAAAUUUGAAGAUGUUUGUUGUCUGAGCAAAGAUUUCUGUGACUGCUUCAGACAGAGUUUUUAUUUUGUUUCAUAUUUUUUUUUUCGUUUUUGAUGGGAUUGUGAGAGGUUUGGAUUUAAGGUUUGAAUGUAUCACAAACAAAUGAAUUUUAUCUAUCUAAAAUGCGGGCUAUGAUUCACGCAUCAA